AUGAAUAUCAAUGGAUCAGCAAAUAACCAGAAGAUAUUCGACAACAACUACAAUGACCCACGAAGGAGUGGGAACCGAAAGAAGUUCCCUAAUAUCAAUGGCAAUACAAAAUCCAACAAAAUAAACAAUGACCAGAAACGAAAUAAGAAUUCUAAAAGUCGAUUCGAGGAAGUAGCGAAGGAAUCAACAUACCUGCCUGAUCCCUUGGACAGGCCAACCAAAGUCAUCCCACGGCAAAACCCAGGAAAAAUCCAGUCAUAUUCACAGCAAGAGAUCGCGUCAAUAGGAGGUUUGUUUUCCAACCCUGAGCAAUUGGGAUUUCAACGAUAUUCGAACAAGUCGAUCCCUCCCCGUCCAGUACCGAAGUACCUUCUCCCACAAGCUAGACUCUUGCAUACUCCCCCAUUCGUUCAAAAUCAAUGGGAUAAAGAAAAUCAAGCCCUUAUGGUGAAAAUGGAGACGGAAAACUUGAGCAAAGGUGAUUAUCAGGGCCUUUACGAGUCAUUUCAAAAGUUACGUGAAGUAGAAAGAAAGAAGAUGGAAGAAUUGGGAUUAGUGGAUGCUGAAAACAUUGCCAAGGAUCUUAACGAUGCAAUUUCAUUCCAAGGUUCAUGUCUAGACAUGUGUCCAGUAUUCGAAAGAGUGCGACGUCAAUUGGAAAACAACGUUAAGGAUCUUGAAAAAGAUCCUAUAACCAAGAAAAUCUCACCUCAGAAAGCAGUCAAGGCAUUCUCGAGACCAGCUGCAGGACAACCACCUCCACUCCCUUCAGAAGUACGACCUCCCCAUAUCCUUGUCCAAACAUUGGAUUAUCUUAUUGACAAUGUUAUAGACCAUUUGCCUGAAGCACAUUCAUUUAUAUGGGAUAGGACUAGAUCCAUUAGACAAGAUUUCACCUAUCAGAAUAGUUUUGGUCCUGAGGCUAUUGAUUGUAAUGAACGUAUUGUUCGUAUUCAUUUGCUUUCCUUGCAUAUUAUGGCUGGUAGUGAUGUUGAAUAUUCACAACAACAAGAAUUGGAACAGUUUAAUAAAGCUCUUCAAACGUUGAUGGAAAUCUAUACCGAUGUGCGCAACAAUGGUGGAAGUUCACCCAAUGAAGCUGAAUUUAGAGCAUACCAUUUGCUAAGUCAUAUCCGAGACCCUGAAUUGGAACGAGAGAUUCAGAAUUUGCCUAAUGAAAUAUAUAACGAUUCCCAAGUUCAAAUAGCAUUGACUUUACGAAACAUAAUUUCUCAAAAUAAUAUUGUGGAAAGAGGAGUCACGAAUACUGUCGGAGGGUUGAAUUUAUUUGUCAAGUUUUUCCGCAUGGUCUACAGUGAUCAGGUUCCAUUCUUAAUGACAUGUCUUUUGGAAACACACUUUAACGAAAUUCGGUUCUAUGUUUUGAAAGCUAUGGCUAGAAGUUAUCAUAGUAAGGGGAAACCAUACCUGACUGAAGGAUUAUGUGAUAUUCUUGGAUUUGAUAAUGUAGAACAGGUGAUUAAAUUUGUGAGUUACUACGAUAUUGAUGUAAUCCAAGAAAGUAGUGGACAUUUUGUGGUUGAUUUAUUUAAUAAGGAAAAGCUAGAAACAAAGUAUAAAUUACAUUCUUUCCAUGCAAAGCCAAAACCUUCACCAUAUUAUUCACAUAGAUUGAAUUCUAAAAUCCAGGGACUUAAUUGGAAGUACUUUAUAAAUCGGGGGAAACCCAAUCAGAAUUUACAUCUUGCAACACAACCAAAGAUAAUUAGUCAAGAUACAAUUAAAAAAGUUGAGGUCAUGCAACAGCCUUCUGUCAAUACAGGCUUGUUUCAACCAUUUACUAAUGUAGGAGGAAAUAUUGCUCCGACUGAAAUUAGAUUCGAUAAGCCUCCUGCGCUAGCAGCACCAGCAACAGCACCAGCACCAGCACCAGCAGCGCCAGUACCACCACGAAUGGCUAAACCUGAUAUUGAAAUGAAUGAUGAUGAAAUUGGACCAAAGACGGUUCCUGAUUUGUUUUCCAACAUCAAACCAAAGACAAAUAUUUCCAGUGGCCUUUUCGGAAUGAAUAAGCCCAAGGAUGCACCACCAACCAAACCUACAUUUGAUUUCAACACUGUUAGACCAUCAACUGCACCAGAACCAAAACCUGUAUUCAUACCACCUGUCAAUCAAGGCACAAAGCAAUCUCCAAUCAAGAUUGAAUCCUCACCAGUAGCGCCUAUUCCACCACGUUCUCAGUCGAAUGUUGUUGUAAAGCCACCUACUCCAGAAAUAAUACCUCCUAAACGUCUAGUUGACUCACCUCACUUUUCCCAAGCAGCGCGGGAAACUAUGAAUGAUAUUGUCCGAAAUUGUGUUGAUGCUGAAUUGGUCAAUGUUAUUACACAAUGUAUGCGUGCCCACGCUAUUCAAACUGAGCGGGCUCGUGUUAUUGAAAAAUUAAGUGAUGACUUAUAUGAAGCUUUCUUGUCUGAGGUGAUUUAUGAAACUGCAGCUGAAGCCAAGGCGGACGGAUAUUACCAGCGUUGUUUAACAAAACGUGUAAUUCAUCAAUUGGCAGACAAGAGUAGUAAAUUGUUGGUUCAAUAUCAAGAACGGAAACGGAGAGCUCAAGAGUUGGAAUCGGUUUCAUUCAGGCAGCAUUUGAAACAUACUUCACGUGACAGGUCAGAAACGGACAAGAGAUUACAAUAUCUGAAUGUGGAUAUCACAAAUCGCCAGAGGGAAGUCCAGGCGUUGUGGGCUCCGAUUGAUCUUGAUUCGUUUAUGAAUUUAAUUGUGAAGAAUAUCAAAUAUAAACUUAGUAGUGAGGUGCAAUUGAAGUUUUUGUUGGUGGUUGAGAACUGGUCCACUCUGUAUUCCAAAUGGCUCAAUUCUAAACUACAAUUAAAACCAGAUUCUAAGAAUAUGGUCUAUGAGAACUUGAUAAAUGACGAUGAUAUCACAGUUAAGUUUACUAGUUUGCCUAGUCAAGAAUAUUUGACGAAAGAGUUCUUUUCAAAUACCUCAUUUGUGUUGUUUGAAUGUGGAUUGACCAAGCCGAAUGGGUCAAUUGAAGAAAAGUUACAGCGUGAUUUCCGAGUGCUUCGUAAGAUUAUUUCAUUGAUUGACAAGUACAGUUAUUAUAAAGUCCAUGUAUUGGUUGUGUUUUGGGAUGCAACUCAGUCGGGAAUCACCACGGAAAAAGUUUCUGAAUUGUUGAAUUUAGCCAGUUUCAAUGCAUGUUCGAACUUGUCCAAUUUGAUAUUGUGCGAUAUGACAAGUUCAGAUAUUAACCAUAUCCUUUCCCAAGCAUUUUUCAAGAUUAGUCAAGAUUUUGAUGGAACAUUGACAAGUCGUGGAAACAAAAGGAAGAUCUUGUUGGACAGGGAAAAGCAACAAAAACAAGCAACUACAUACGAACCACCAGCCAAAAUCCAAAAAAUUGAAACGAAAAUGUUGAGCCUGGUGAAAAACUUACGCAAGUACGAUUACUUGCAAAAUCACAUUAAUUCAACAGGACAUCCUCGGUAUAACACAACCAACAAUUCGUUCAAUAGUACAAGCAUGGUGGCCAGUGUGCAAAAUAGGUCUCUCUUGCCGGCAUUAAUAAGAAACAGGAGCAGUGUUAACAAUUCGACGUUUUUUAAUAGCACUAUCAGUACUAUUGGGAAUAAUGAUACUUCGAUAUUGCGCGGGUUUGGCCAGGGGGUUAUUGGGGAAAGUACACCUAGUGGAUCACCCAAGAGGAAUAGUAAGGCGUCAUUGCUGACUAGUUUGAGUCAAUUGAAAGAGUUAACUGCUGGUAUUAAGAGAAAGUAUAGUCAUAAGUAG